AAAAGCGGCUCUAUCGUCUUUCCUGUGCAUUCAAAGUGGCAGGCCUUUGGCCUUUUUCAAUGAAAUAUUUCGAUCCACAUAUUUAUGUUGUUAUUUAUGUUAUAUCGGCAUUAUCUAUCACGCAGUCCAUCCACUAUCACUAUCGCGCUACGCAAAAUUCACGUGAAGAGCACAGUAUAAAACAAGUUUUCUAAUCGGUAAUCUGUUCUAAUCUCAAUCCUAACCUCAUCACUUGUGUCGAAGUCGUCGAAGUACACUGGCUUUAUAUAUGUAAGAAAGUGCGAAGGAAAAAUGAGUGCGAGACGAAUGGUGUUUAAUUUGACCGCCUUGACCAGUGCGAGUUUGGGCGGCUGGUAUUUCAGCAAAUUCUUCGAACAGAGACGAUGUUCGAAUGAGGAAAACAAUGGAAUAUACGCGUCGUCGACCGCAGGUAUUCGGAGUAUGCCGGGUUUGCCCUUGUUCGGCACGGUUUCGGCGGCUGUCCCUUUGACACCCGUUGAGGGCAACCCAGAGAUGGGCUCCAAAAUGUCUUCCACCGCCACGAGGGUGUCGCAGAUUAUGAAAUUUGGUUUUCCUGGAUUGGAUCAUGUCAGAUCGUAUGAGGAUUUUGUGCUUUCGUAUGACAGGAGAAACAAAGUAGCCCAUUGGGUAUUUGAACACUUAACUAAAGAAAGACUGCAGUACAACAAUGAAGUUGACCGCGCCAAAUGCGAAUUCAAGUCUGAUGAGAGUAUACAUCCCUUCUUCAGGUCAGAGAAUACAGAUUACAAGGGAAGUGGCUACGAUCGUGGCCAUCUGGCUGCGGCUGGCAACCACAAAGUGGAACAGAAACACAUUGAGCAAACCUUCUUUCUUUCCAACAUGGCACCGCAGGUUGGUGUGGGCUUCAAUAGAGACUCCUGGAAUAGACUAGAGAAACAUGUUCGAAAAUUAACGAACGUUUAUAAAGACGUUUAUGUGUGCACAGGACCAUUAUAUCUUCCAAAAAAAGAGGCGGAUGGAAAAAAAUACGUACGUUACGAAGUGAUAGGUGCGAAUCAUGUGGCGGUACCCACACAUUUCUACAAAGUGAUUGUUGGUGAAACCAGUGAUGGCAAGCUAGAGAUGGAAGCCUUUGUAAUGCCAAAUGCACCGAUCGACGAUAAUACGCCGCUUACUAAUUUCCAGGUACCGCCCGAGAGCAUCGAACGCGCUGCUGGGCUUUUAUUCUUCGACAAAAUAUCGCGCAAUAAACUCAACAAGGUAAACGGCAAGAACAUAGGCUGGUUUUAACGAUAGCUUAAUUUAAAAGAUUACACCUUUCGCCUGAUGGUUAGAAUUUCUAUUUUUAAACUGUUUAAAUUGAAAUUUUAUAGUCUUAGUUUUUGACAUACUAUCCAGUGUAUCUCUAAGUCUAGUCAAUUAAUAUUCACACAUCACUGAAUAUAAUUUUUAAAAGCUUUAUUAUUUAUCAUAUUCUAUAUAUUAUUUUAAAUGUAUUAUCUUUUAUCGAAGUGAUAAAUACGUUUAAGAAUGUUUUAAAAAUAAAUAAAUACAUAGUUUUUUAAACUA